UGUGCCAAGUCGAGAUCUGCCUGCCAUCGAAUCCACAGUUACUCCGCAGGCUUCGCUAUCGUCUCUGUGGUGUUGAUGGAAACUAUUCAUGCAGCCUACUUUGUCAGCGAGCACGGACAUAACAUACAUUUAGUCAUCGGGCACGAAGAGCCUGUAGCCUAUUGAUCGAUCUAAUCGUAUUGUGCAUGAUAGUUAAAUGUUCUAACUUUACGCACGUAGAAUAGACUAGGCAACAUCAAUCCACAUCAAGGCACUUGUUGAUUUGAAUAGGCUUCCUCACAGCCGUCCGCUGCUUGGGAGUACUACUUAGUUUUUUGGGGGGGUGACCUGCGGCUACAGAUGGAUCGGAGUCCAUUGGGAGGUUGUCAUUAGUUUACCCAGGUUGUGUGUUACAGAGGCGGCAACAGAUGGCGCUGAUCCUCGACUUUUAAGAGGUGGACAGCCCGGCAGCGUCCUUCAGGAACGUCAACAUCCUCACUAUCAGCUACUGAGGGAGGGGGCAUGGGCAACCAGGUGGAUAAAAUGAAACUGUCACAUCUAAGUUACGCAGAAGUUCCCACAGUGGACCCCAACGGGCUGGACACUGAGGAGGGUCCUCGGAUCGGAGUGUCAUAUAUUUUCUCAACAGAUGACGAGGAACAGGAGGGUGAAAACAGUAACGUAGACGGAGCAGAUAAAGAGCACCACACUGGUACAGAACAGAAACACUACGACAAGCGCAACGAGGUGGAUUGCGCUGUUUACCACCGGGAGGAAUGUAUUUAUGAGAAGAGCGUCAAGACCGCGGGCAUGGAAAUAUACUCCCCCGAGAAUCUACUACCCAAAUGCAAGGCAGGUGACCUGGUGGAGUUUGUAACCACGGGACAGUACCCCCACUGGGCGGUGUAUGUCGGUGACUUCCAGGUGGUGCACCUGCACAGAGCAGAGAUAAAGAACAGCUUCCUGACAGACGCCAGCCAGGGAAGGAGAUGUAGGAUAGUCAACGAGCUGUAUAAAUUCAAAGCCCUCAGCGCCGAGAUGGUGGUUCAGAACGCUAUGGAACAGGUAGGAGCUAAAGACAGAGAGUUGAGCUGGAGAAAUUCAGAGUGCUUUGCCGCUUGGUGCAGGUUUGGCAAACGGGAGUUCAAAAUGGGCGGGGAGAUCCGGAUAGGAAAACAGCCAUACAGGUUAAAGAUCCUGAUGUCAGAUAAACAGUCUCACUUGCUGGAGUUUCAGUGUUUAGAGGACUUGGUCAUGGAGAAGAGGAGACACGACCAGGUGGGAAGGACAUCAGUGGUCCAGGAGCUGGCCAAUCAUUUGAACAGUGUGGAAGAGAUCAAAAGGAAUCCACUCAGUGAUCCAAUAACUGCACAGAUUGCUCAGUGAUCUGAUGGAUUUAAGAUGAUGAUGUCCCUUUCCUAUCUAAUCACAGACCACUAAGUGGAGGACCAAACACACAUUUUAUAAUACAUGUUGAUGAAUUGAAUCAAAUGGCACAUUCUGUUUUUGAUGAAUAGAAUCAAAUGGCACAUUCUGUUUUUUGAUGAAUAGAAUCAAAUGGCACAUUCUGUUUUUUGAUGAAUAGAAUCAAAUGGCACAUUCUGUUUUUGAUGAAUAGAAUCAAAUGGCACAUUCUGUUUUUGAUGAAUAGAAUCAAAUGGCACAUUCUGUUUUUUGAUGAAUAGAAUCAAAUGGCACAUUCUGUUUUUUGAUGAAUAGAAUCAAAUGGCACAUUCUGUUUUUGAUGAAUAGAAUCAAAUGGCACAUUCUGUUUUUUGAUGAAUAGAAUCAAAUGGCACAUUCUGUUUUUUGAUUGAUGGAUAAAAUUGUCUCAAAGGUGCAGAAUAUGAUUUCUUUAUGAAUCAUAAUGGUUGACAUGAUAAUAUACUUUGCAUGUUUUCAUGUCUCUAACAGGAAACUAUCAUACAAACAUACCUAUAUGCGUAAGGUUAUCUCAUUCUGAUGAAAACAUGUUGCAGAGCAUAGGUUGAUCAAUCAUCUCGCUUAUUGUACCGUACCAAUCAUCUGAGUCAAGUAAAUUAUCAUUACAUCUUUGCAAUCGAACUGGCUUUUAUUCCUGUCUGUCUACAGGUGUG